CCUGCUGUACUCGAGGGAGAAUUCGAGGGAGAGUAUUUCAAUUACUGGCACGAGUACAAGUACUAGUAGUAAAGACGUCGCACCGGUCGGGACGAUAACUCCACCUCCCAGCGAAGCAGCAUCAGUCAUCGAAGCUGAGGAAACGAAGAUUGAUGGAAGAAAAGUUGAAGAAGAGAAGUCUGAGGCUGAGGCCCCGAAGACCGAGGAGCCUAACAACAAGACUGCCGACUCGGAGGGUAGACACGGCCAUGGUGAUGAUGGACACGAUUGCCCGUACCUCCGCCGAUCGGCCAGUCCCCGGCCGUCCAGUUCGCACUCGUAUUCAUACUCCCAUACCCUUCCCAGUACCCCAGAACCCGUACGACCACACUCUUACAGCUCCCCAGAAGUCCCGCGCCUUACAACCCACUUCCACAGCGGGCCCAGCACCCCUGCGCCGCCGGUAUCCCGACUAUCAUACAGUCACCCCGGAACCCCCGAAGCUUCAUCGUUGUCAUCUACGGGUCUCCCACCGAAAGCCCAUGAGGUCUCAAGACUGAUUUCUCAGGAAUUUGCCCGACCGUCGACGCCGGAGGAGGUCUUUAGUGGAUCGGGAACUGCAUCUCCCUUCAUGGACGUUUCAGAGCCUGCGUCGCGAGCGCCGUCCCCGCCGCCGCCAAGUCUUGCUGGGGGGUCUACAAUUACAACUCCCUCAUCUUCAAUAGUCCUUCCAGCUCGGGGCGCUCUUGCCCCAGCGAUAAACUUGAAGGACGGUCCGGGGGUCAAGCCUGUUUCUGGUCGUGUUUCCGCUAGUGAUUUCUUCCCUGAGCAGACCUUCACUGCCACCGCUCCCCCAGCCCCCGCUGCCAAUGCUCCUGACGCGCCGGCAGCACGAGAACCCGAGAAGCAGUCGUCAAAUCUGCUCCCAGAGAAUAUCACUGUGGAAGUCAUCCACCGCCUUUCGUUCCUAACCCUCCCCAAAAUCUCCCCGGUCCGCAUCGCCCGACGUGUCGCUGGCCCAAUACAGUUCGCCUCGAACGCGGUUAUCUUAAUGUGGCUCACUGUACUACCGCUCACACUUGCGAUAUGGACAUUGAAUGGGAUCGCACAGCUUUUUAUCGAGCCGGAAGUUGGGAGUCCCAUGGCGGGGUUUAAUCCUGCGUGGGCGCUCGUGCCAUACUUUGUGCUGUUUGCGGUUGUGGCAGUGUAUCAUCGAAAAGAGGGAUUGAGGGGCGGUGAGGAAGGGAGCGAAGGAGGCGAGGGAUUGGAGGAGGUGAUUAGUGAGGACUUUUUGGAUUACUUCUUGGAUAAACUAUACGCUGUUGCUGCACAGCUGCGAGGGUACUUUACCCCCCGUCGCAUCCGCCGCUUCACCAUAUCCCUACUCUUUGCCGCUAGCUUGAUCGCGAGCUACUUUGCCCUGCAAUACCUCGCCCCGUACAUAACCACCCUCACCAAGGCCCUCUCCUCACGCAUAUUCUCUUCAAAAACUGCCUCCCCCCAACUCGCCCCUAUGGCUCCAACAUCGAGUCCCUGGGAAGAUAUGGACUUUAUGUACUUCGUCCCGAGCACCUCUGCUAGUGAACAAUCUACUAGUAGCGGGAUGGAUAAUGCCUAUGGAGAGUACCACCCUGGCGCGAACGUUUUGGAGAAAGAAGUGGAAGAAGGACUUGGUUGGAAGGGGGUAUUGAGAUUUGCGGUAGUAUUAGUAAUGGGGCCGGCGGGAGCGGUUGCGGUCAGGCGGAGGACGCUGUGAUUGGGAUUGGGAUUGGGACCUGGAUGGGUUGGUGGUUGGUUGGGAGGUGUAUUUUUAUGGAGUUUUUUGUUUCAAUGUUUUUUUAUGUUUUUGCUUUAUCAUUUUGUGCUUUUUGUUUUCGUCCAUGUUUUUGGUAUGCUAUGUUUCAAUUUCGAGGUAGACACGAGUUUCCUUGCUUCUUCUCAUUUCCUUUCUUACGAUUUCAUUUUAUUCUUAAGUAUGGGAACCAGUGGGGUAACUUUAAUGGGAGCAGAAGUUUUGUAUUUAUCCAGCUGUUAUUACGUUUUCCUUCCAUCCUUUCCUCAUGACCCCCCUUGUUUCCUCCUUUCUGUCUAUCGUCAGUUUCUAGUGUGUCUCUAUUUCGGACUGUAUUGGAAAUGAUUUGGUAGGGCUGAUUGGAUGCAUGGAUGUAUAUAUAACGGCUGCGGAGCUUUAUGUUAUGUCGGGUUAAUCUAAUAUCAUACAUAUCCAAG